AUGGCGUGCCCUCAGUCUAUCAUCAUUGUGGGAUCAGGUGUCUUUGGUUUAUCCACAGCAUAUUCCAUGGCCAGAGAUCCAGCUUUCUCCCAGACAAAAAUCACAUUGGUCGAUUCAUGGAAUUUUGAGUCUUCCACCAGCCCGGGCAUUUCGGUCAGCAACCCAGGCGCGGCCAACCACGACACAUCCCGCAUCAUUAGGAGCGAAUAUCCCCACGGACCUUAUGCAGUUCUUGCAAAGGAAGCUCACAAGCAAUGGCGAGGAGUGUGGGGCGCGAAUGGCCGCUACACAGAGCGAAGACUUCUGCUUUCUGCACAGGGCAGUUCUUUGAAAAGCCCGAAGCGAACUGGCGAGACUGUCAAUUAUGUGAAAAACGCGUAUGACCUCAGCUGUCGGCUCUCUGAGGGGGGCAAGGAUGGCCUUAAAGUUCUUGACUCGCUGCGUGAUAUUCGUUCAGAGCUAGGACUGUCGACCACGCCUUCCCUGGCUGUCGAAAAGGAUCUGCGGGGUUAUGUCUCGCUGGAUGCUGGAUGGGCCGAUAGCGGAGCAAGCAUAGCCUGGCUGCGCCAAAUGGUUCUCCGGACUGGUCGCGUCCACUUCCGCACUGGAUUUGUUCAGUCUCUCGUUUAUGCCGAACAAAGCUACGUGGUUAGAGGUGUCCGAUUGGAUGAUGAGCACGAACUGUUUGCAGACCUUACUGUCAUCGCUGCAGGUAGCCACACUCCUCGAAUUCUUGGAAUGGACAAACUCUGCGAUGUGUAUAGCGAGAUAGUAGCCUACAUUCGGCUGUCACCAGAAGAAUGUGCUCAUUUCGAACAAUUAAAACUUCCUAUCAUCGUUAAUGCAGAUCGCUGUGUGUUUGCGAUCGCCCCAGAUCGCGAGGGCUUCCUGAAACUAGGAAAGUUCUCACACAGCGGGCUUAUUGAUGUCAGACAAUGCGCAGGGGUGACCAUUGGACCUCGAGCAAGCCGCCUCCCGGCUCGUGAGCAAUGGAAAAAAUCGCAAUUUGGCUGGGGAGGGGACAUUGAGCCGACCGAGAAACUUGAUCAGCGGGAGCAGCAGACCCUGGCAGACUACAGAGAGUUCUUGAAUGAGCUUUUCGAACCUCCCAGCAUUACCGAGGUAGAACGCCCCGAGACUAUCGCUCGUCGGCCGUUCGCGAAGAUUCGUCGGUGCUGGUACACUGAUACCCCAUCGACAGACUUCAUUGUUGAUUACCACCCUAGUUCGCAAGGGACGCUUUUCGUGGCAUCGGGAGGUUCGGACCAUGCUUUCAAGUUCUUACCGGUAAUCGGAGACAAGGUCACUGGUAUUAUCCUAAGAGGUCGGGGUGUACCAUCUGGCUCCGAUCAUGAUGCCAAUUUGACUGCACUACGCGAGGCUUGGAAAUUUCCACGUAUACCAUCUACAAGUAAGCUCUGA